GUAGGCUGUUGAAAGUAUUUUAAAUCUAGAAAUCAAAGCACCGGUUUUUGCUUGAAAAUUCCCAGUACCAUAUAUGGCCGACUCACAGGCCCCCAAUUUGCUCCAAUACAAGGUCGGCCGCAUGAUCCUGCUGGGCAAGAUGAUUGAGCCCGAUGACCGCAAGGGGCUGCUCUUUGUGCGCCGAUCCGCCGGCGAUAACCAGGUGCACAUCCACUGGAUGGACCGGCGAACCGGGACCGUUGAAUUGGACAUUCCGGCCACCCCGGGCGACCUCGAGUUCCGUCGCAUUGAUCAGUGCAAAACGGGUCGGGUGUAUGCCCUCAAGUACACCCGAUCCACGCAGCGUUACUUCUUCUGGAUGCAAGAGCCCCAGGCGGAUAGGGAUGCGGAGUUUUGUGAACGGAUCAACGAACUCAUCGCCACCGGUGCCAGGAAGUGGGAUGAAAGCGCGGCGGCCGAGGGAGAUGUGGAUACGGAUGUGGAGCAAGGCACCAGGCAUCAGCGUGGCUUCGGUGGCAGUGAGCAUCUGCAGGUUCUCGACCAGAUGCGUCAAAUGCUGGAAAACUCCUUGGCCAGAACGCCAGAGACUUGGCCACCACCAGCUAACCAGACAGACGAAGCCGAAGAAGCAAUGGCACCGUUGGCAUUUCCAGAUCCCGCUGCGGAGAUACUAGAUUUGGCAACAGUCUUACGUUUUUACGGCGCCGAAGCAGUGCAAAGUCUUCUGAUGUCACCCAGAAGGCGGCAAAAACUGUUGGCUCAACUGCCCCAAGAUCCUGACGAGCAGGAUGCUGAUGAGAAGGGAAAUACCGGCUAUCAUGAAGCCCAGAUAAUACUCGACCAUCUGCGUUCGCCACAAUUCUACGAAACCAUGUCCUACUUUUCGCUGGGCCUGCACUCGGGGAUUCCCCGAACGGUGCUGCAACCCGUGCUCAACAACCAUGACCAUCGCGAGGCCCUGGAUGCCGCCCAAUCCGGGGAUAUUGAGCGCUUUCUACGUGUCCUGCAUCGCAACGAAAGAGAUUACAAUGGUCCAACCGAUUGAGCCGGAGUGUCUCAUAAAUAAGUCAAAAUACAGGAAAAUAAAUAUGAGUAUACACUAA